AUGCCACACCUCUCAACGACAGACAACGUGACGACAAUCAACUAUACUCUGGAGUGGCCUCAUCUCGAGAACCCCAGCAACACCACCUUUGCCGGACAAACACAAAUCGACAUUUGUCGAUGUCCAAGAUCCGAUCUUCCCUCGCAAGACAGCAGAGAGCCGGGCCACAUCUACACUCGAAGCAAAUGCGUCGGCCCCGAAGUCCGCUUCAAAACGAGAAAAGAAGAGCUAUGGGUGCUCCAAUCUGCCCAUGGACCAGUCAACAUGUUGCGACCGGCAACAAAAGAAGAAAAGGAGCGCCGCAACCAAGUCCAUGAAGAUGCCGAGCCGACAGUAUACGAACGCCGCAACUUGCUUCUCCUAACAGGGCCGUGCCCGCGCGGACGGUACCAAGCGUUUGCGACUCAAAAGUGGUUAGAAAGCAUCGGUCCAUCUGCUCGCCAACACGUUAAAAGUCUAUCUCUUCUCGUGCAGCCCUACGAGGAAGACUGUUCAGCACAGGCUACCCAAAGAGCAUUUGCCGAGCUGGCCAAUUACAUUCUGGAGCACUUGACCGGAUUCAAGACGCUGUGUCUCAACAUAUGGGAUGAUGAGAUGAGCCUCUGGGGUGCUGCGAGCGAGUUCAGCAUCCUUCUACACAGAGAUGAUGUAAAGAUCAUAGUCGGGUGUAUUUUGUGGAGUGGUGAGACAAGAGAGUACAGCAAUGCUAGAGCAUUCUUUGAGGCCAUGACUACACCGCCACACACGACAAAUACGCGGCCAUUCAGCAAUCAGAUCAUGGGCGAUGACAAUGGGGAGGAUAGCGCGGAUGAGCAAGAAGAAAUUCAGGAGGAUUCGUCUGAUGGACUCGGCACAACAGAGGAUGAGAUAAGGGAUGACGGAGAGCCCAAAGAGACGUCUGGAUCUUCACCAUUUCUCAAAUCCGACACCGAAGACGAGAUUGGAUCUGAGGAUGAUUGGACCGACGCAGCUAUGAGCCCUAUGGAAACUGAGAAAGAUUGGCAGAUACUAUAA